GUUUUUCGAUCAAAACAUUGUCCGCGCUCGAAGCCUUUCUUUUCAAAUUAAACACCGGAAAAUGAUCUAACAGUUUUCAUGAACGCCGCUGAGGAAAAAGAGAAAUCCAAGGAUGACAUUGCUAAAGGAAUUUCUUAUUUUUGGAGGUCGACCAACUUGGAACCUCGCAUCAGAAGUGUGGCGUUAUGUGACGGCAUUGCUAAGAUAGCUUUGGGAAAUCAUCAUACGUUGAUUUUGACGUUCAGUUCAAACUUGCUAUCCGUUGGGGAUAACUCUUUUGGUCAGCUAGGUCUUGGUGAUUUCAAACCGCGACGAGAACCAACGGUGAUCGAUUAUUUUGGCGACAAAUGCGUGCAGGAGAUUUCUUGUGGCGGGCAUCACAGUGGAGUCGUUUGCGCUAACAAUGACGUCUAUUUUUGGGGCGAUUCGUCGAGCGGCCAAUGCGGUGUUGGUGAAAAUAAACUAGUUCAUCAACCUUGUCAGAUCUUCUUUAAUCGCAGUGAAACUGUUCACAAUAUACAAGCAGAGACACAGCAAGACGAUGCACCGCCGCUUCCAAAGAAGAGACCCGUGAUCAAAGAAAUUGCGUGCGGCGAAUCUCAUUCACUAGCACUUUCCUCCAAAGGAGAAGUGUGGUCUUGGGGAACCGGCUGUCAGCUAGGACAUGGAGUAAAAUUAGAGCAAGUUAAUUUCCCUAAGCAAAUAGAAUUUUUGAUUGGAAAAAAUGUUACUUCGAUUGCAUGUGGAGCGUACCAUAGCCUAGCAAUCAUUCAAGGAGGGGAAUCGUUUCCAACCUUUGUAUUUGGUAAGAGUGAACAUGAUCUUCCAUCAACUGCAGAACCGAAGUUAAAACGUGAUAAAUCUAAGAAGAAGGCACGGAAAAGUUCCAAAGGAUCAUUAAAAAAGAACCAAACUUCAGGAAAGCAGCAUGAAGGGGCAGUGUCACCGCAAAAAGCAAAAGCCGAGCAAAAGCAUGACACCAGCAGAUCCCAUGCUGAAAAGAGUAGUGUCACAAGAACAUAUCUCAGUUAUGAACCGGUGUCAAGUGUUUCAAAGGAUGAGAUGUCGAGCCAAACUGUUACGAAUGACGUACCCACACCAGAGAUCUUGCAAAGCAAAAAUGAUAAAAGGACUGUAGAGCCACAGGAGUUUGAUUCAUUAGAUUAUGUUCAGUGUAGUGCUGAUAGUAAUGUACCAUGUGCAUCAGAUUCAGUUAAAAGUUCAAACAACGAGAAUUCUUCCCUUACAAUCUGUGAUUCUCAUUUUGGUGACUCAGAGGAAACCAUUGUUGAUAACAGCAAAUGUUUCCACGUCAAUGCUGAACAAGCUAAAUCUUCUGAACAAUCAUUGUCUGUCGAGCUCCCUGAAUCAAAUGAGAAUAUUUUGUACUCAUCUGUUUCACCACUGUUUCCUUCAUCACCUACAAGUGAUCAAAGCAUGUUGUCUUUCAUCAGUACUGAUUCAGAUUCAGAGGAUAAUCGCAGCAGGGAAUUAGAUGAAACUUCCACAGCUUCAAAGAAUUCACUGAGUUUUUACAGUGCUCUGAGUAGUAGACUUAUCAGGUCUGACGUUAACCUUAGCAAGCUGACAAGUGCCGUCGUUGGUUCAGUUACCGGUAUGUUCAUCACAUCGGCACCUGGACAGAUGUAUUUACAUGACCCACCUAAGGCAGUCACGGCAAAGAUGCCAUGUAAGAACUGUGGUCUUCUUGGCCUGUGUUUGUGUGAUACAGAUGGUAGCAAAUUCAAGCUUGUUGGUGCAAACACCCAGGUAUGGUCUUGGGGGAGAGGAGGCUGUGGACAACUUGGUCUUGGAGACACUGAAGACAGGUGUGUAUUGAAUUAAGGAGGUUAAAAAAUAUUUGACAUAUGUGAUGGUUGAGCAUUCUUGUCUUUGGAUACGAAUGAAAAAUGCUGGUCUAAUCUCAUAAUACUUUUACCAAUCUGAAUUAUAUGGGAUAUUAACUCUUAAACUCUCAAGAUCAGAGUUUCUCUCUAACAUAUCUAUACAUCAUAAGAGAAGAAGAGCUCCCUUCAAGAAUGUCCCCUGACACCAGUUUGCUCAGGGGACAUUCUUGAAGGGAGCCCUUCUUCCCCUGAUGAUCUAUAGAUAUUAUAGAGAGAAACUCCCAUUUCCCAGCUCCAUGUUUUUGUAUGGAGCCUUUCAAUUGAGAAAAUAAUCACCAAAGGGAAUAUUCUUUGAUCUUUUGUCAGAUUCUCUCAGCUUAUCCACUAAGGAAAUGUAUUGAUCUAAGUCUGGAGAAUCUGUACAGUAUGUAAAUAUUGGGCUUGAAAGGGUUAUAGAACCAUAAGGGACAUUGCAAUCUCAGGGAGGGGACUCCUGGCUAAGUGUCUGUCUUUCUUAGGCUGUGAGACUGGGUUAGGAGGGUACUUUCCUUAGUCCCCAUUGGGGAGGUCUGUAGCCUGUUCAAAGGCCCUGUUAAGAGACCCUUGCCUGGUUCAUGGCUAUAGAAUGGGUUAUUUAGUAUUUAGAACUCCAAAUGGCUAACAGAACUCUGCACCAGGGACUUGGCUUUCUCAUACAGGUACCUCAACCACUGGGUUUUGACCAGGCAUGUACAAACCCCACCUAAAGGUGAUAUUGCACGAGAUAAUUUGCAACAAUGAUUUGUAGCGCAACACAGCGUUGCAACAUUGUUUCAAAUGGUUACAACAUUGUUCAAGCAUUGCAACGCUGUGUUGUGCUAAAAAUCGUCGUUGCGAAUUGUCCCAUGUUACAUAACCUUAAGACAGGGUGGUCACUAAGAUUUCAAGUUGCAGGGUAACUACAACAAGUAGCUUAGAAGUCAAACAGCUAGGUUUGGUUCUACUUUUCUUCUAUUUUCCUAUGAAAGUAGCUGGCGACCACAUUCAUAGUAGUCAGGGGAAAUCCCUGACCCUGCACCCCUUAAUGGCAGCCCUGCUAAGAGGGUCUCAAUAAUUAAAAGCUGGAAAAAAGGUGAAUUGGAGGAGUUUACAAAAAUCAUUUGUCACUCAGGUAUUUUCCAUGCUGUGUGGAAACUCUGAAUGAUAGUGGCAUCACCAAGUUGGCUGCAGGAACAUUUCACUCAUUGGCUCAAACUGCUUGUUCUCAGGUACUAUAUUGAAUUUGAAUAUCAUUGAUGCUUUGUCAUGCUGCAGUUAAAAGAAUAAGGCAUGUGGUUGUAUUGAGGUAGUGUAAAGUUUUAGGAAAUCUGAUUUCGGGAAGUUGAUCCUGUCGCAUGCAAAUAAAAAUUGUCAUUACUCAAAACAAAUUUCAUAUUGAAAUAAAGUAACUGCGGGAUCAUGAAGAACUAAAUGCAAAGAAGAUCAUCGCAGUUUACAAGAAGUUUGCAUGCGGUGAUCUUCUUUGCAUUUAGAUUUCAUAAUCUAGACAAAAUUACAAUAAGUUAAACUUAACGCUAGUUUACGGCCACACAGCUUUCUUUGCAUGAAAUUUUAAUGCACAGUCUUUGAAAUCAACAGUAAGUUCUCCAUCCCAACUUUAUUCCAGAGACCUCGUAGUAAGAAUAUUCCACAUAAUUAUAUCUAGUUAAACCCCUUGGCCACAUAACAUUGUCUCCUGAAAAACCCGAAUAAUUUUUAUAAUAAUUAAUCAUUAUUAAAUAAAUUUAUCUAUUUUGUCAGUUUUGUGCACUUUAGAAGGCCUGCCUUGAAGAUCUAAUUUUUGAUACUUUUCUUUUUAUUUCAUUUCUUUGCUCUCCUUAUUAAUUUCGAUUUUCUGUUGAUAGGUGUUUUCUUGGGGAGACAAUUCCUGUGGCCAGCUUGGAAGGAAAAAGAGCAUGGCUUUACAACCUAAGAAGAUCAGGGUAUUAUUAAUUAAUAAAAACCUUUUAAUCUUCCCUUUUGCUUAUGUUGAAAUAUUUGUCACUCUUCUUCUGUACUGUUUAAGUAAUUUUAUGUGUUCAAUGUAGUGUUUUGCAGAUGUGUUGGUGUGGGACAUCGCAGCUGGCAGCCACUAUUCUCUGUUCAUUGGUGAUAUGGCUGUUAGCAAGCCUGAUAUUUAUGUCUGUGGACGUCAACCAAGGUAUAGCGAAAAAUACAGAAAUAAGAAAUAAUUCAUAAGGUGUGGCAAUUAUUACUAUCCAAGACUUGCUUACAUGCCAAGACCCUGGGCUGAGUUGUUUAAUAGAUGUUUGAUACUAUUUCAGGAUUAUGCUUGACCUGGCAUGACUGUUAUAAUGUUAACUAUAUAUGCCUUUCAUAUUGUAACCUAAUACAGUAUUUCUCUAUGUUAGUGCUAUGCCUAAUGUGGCUGCCACCAUGAACAGCAUAAAAGAAAGCAGGUCAAUGUCAUUGCCAACAGGUGCUAGUGAUGAAAACAAACGAGCCACAGCAAAACCCCAGGACAGACCAGUCUUACUGUCAUCUCAGUCAUUUGACGACACCAAAGAGCGAUCUCUUCAGCAUUGUAGGGUGGAGAUUGUUCGGCUCACUAUGUUUAGAACGGUUUGUAUUGAUACAUUUGGCUAGGGUUAAUUUUAAGUAAGUACUAUCAAGGCUUACUCUGUGCAGAAAAUCAUGUUCAAGGCAUGACCAUUGGAAUAAAAGCUACUGAGCAGUACUUUCCUGUGGUACUUUUUAUUAUGCUGUACAAGGUGGUUCUAACUUUUGAGUCUGUGGAUGAAAUCCUAAAUAAUAUUGUGACCAUUCAAAUGAAAGCUAUUGAGAAGUACUUUCCUGUGGUACUGUUUAUUAUGCUGUACAAGGUGGUUCUAACUUUUGAGUCUGUGGAUAAAAUCCUAAAGUGUGACCAUUCAAACGAAAGCUACUGAUCUGUGAGCAGUACUUUCCUGUGGUACUGUUUAUUAUGCUGUACAAGGUGGUUCUAACUUUUGAGUCUGUGGAUGAAAUCCUAAAGUGUGAUCAUUCAAACGAAAGCUACUGAGCAGUACUUUCCUGUGGUACUGUUUAUUUUGCUGUACAAGGUGGUUCUAACUUUUGAGUCUGUGGAUGAAAUCCUAAAGUGUGUCCAUUCUAAUGAAAGCUACUGAGCAGUACAGUAGCAGACAAGCUAGGCGUCACAGUAGCCGGGGAAAAUCCCUGUCCCUGGCCCUAAAUAAAUGAAUAAAUAACGUUUUAAUUAUCCUCUCCCUUUAUGGGGCUUUUCAGGGAUAACGAAGCAAGUAAUGUUAAUGGAACAUGACUAGCCUGGAUGUGAACCAGUUGGCUAUUCUAUAAGUGUGGUUGAAGAUUUGAACUCAGGAAUACUGAGAAAAAAAUCCAGCUAGCGAUCAGGGAAGGGCUUGAACUCUGUGCCUUAGAAUUACAAGUUCAAUGCUCUAAAUGGAAGUCCAUUUGGCCAUACGCUGUCUCCAAAUAUAAAAAUUAUAGUGCUAAUGAGUAUUUAUCUGAUAGGAUAUACCGAACCCAGUAUUUAAGCUGCAAUAUUAUAUAGCCGAUUUAAAAAGCCCUGUAUACAAAACCCUGGCCGAGCACUGUGGUUGUCUGAUAGGUGGGGCAACCAGGUAAGAUCCAGACAUGUAUGGUAAGAUCCUAAACUCUUUUUAUGCUCUUAUUAUACUUUUUGUUGCAUUGAGCCAAUCUACUGUUUGUAGCAUCUUACUUUAAAAAAAAAGGCGCUUUGUAAGUUGUAGGUUCUGUUUAAUUUACAGUUGUUUGGAUAGCUAGUGAUUACCAUAUAUCCAAACUUUAACUUACCUUAUAUAUUCAAUUAUUAUUUGCUGCUUUAACAGUAAAUUGCUGAUCUUCUCUGACAGUGACAGGAGUGGCAAGUUUGAGAUAUUGAGUGAACUUGCGAGUAAAGAGAGGUUGUUUUAUUACCAACUGGCUCUGAUUUGGCAGGCUGUCUUAACACCACUGCUUCAGUCAGGUAAUUAUAAUAAUAAUACGCUUCAAUAGCGUGCAAGACAGUAGUGUCUGAUAGCCCCGGGCUAGUGAAUUUUGCCGUUGGGCUUAUGAGUUCUGUUCUUAAGUUGCACGAUGGGCAAGUGACAUUUUUCAGGGAAUUAAAAUCACAAAAGGACUGUAAUCAAACCUGCUCAUUAAAAAUUGUUUUUCGUGCUAGUCAAAAUGAUGUUUGGGCUUAUAGUACAUGCUAGCUACAGUUUGCCUCAAUGUCAAGCUGUAAAACUAAAUUUUUUUUGUACCCUGUUCAAACCUCGCGUACAAAGUAAAGCUGUAACAGUAGUUAAUGUACUUUUAAAACUUGUAACUCAUACUGAGGAUUUUUGAUAAAACAAAAGAAAACAAAUGUGUCAUUGUAAGUUUAAUUCCUAUGCCUUUAAAACAAUAUAUGUCUGGAUUCGAUAUUAAGCUAAAACGUAGCAUAUUUUGAGUAAGAGUCAAAGUUUGUUAGAUUUAUUACAAGACAUUCACAAAUAAAUGUAUGAAAAAAAUUAUGUUGUGGUUAAAUUUUAUCCAAAUUUUAAACCCAAUAAUCACAUUCUAGUAUACUCCUUUUGCAUUUGAAUGCCUUCCCAUUAACAAAACUAGAAAAAAGAGGAGCGUAUUCAGAGAUUUUCCUUCCAUUAGAAUUUGGUGGAGGGUGGGGAGGGCUUUACAGCUCGUCUUUUAAAUCUUUAGAAGGCAGUACGAGAAGGAUAUAUCCUUAUUUGAUGGACUUUUGUGCUCAAUUCUUUGCAGAAGUUUGGUCUGUCUUGGCCCUGCAAGAGAUUGGUCAAGUUUUAGCGCCGAUCAUUAAGAGUUUUUAUGACAUAACAAAGUGUGUCUCCUCAAAUCAGAAAGCUGCUACUCAAAUAGUUUCAUCAAUGAAAAGCUUCCAUGAAUUAUUUAAACACUGCUGGUCUGAUGCGUUUUUACAAGCUUUUGAAAGGUACUGGUUGUUUAGUAAGUUUUUUUAAUCCCUUUUUAACACUCCAUGCACUCUUUGCAGACAUAAUUAUACAACAUAUAUAGUUCCACUUUUUAGGAGUGCUGCACCGGUAUCACACAGGUCAAGGUUCAAAUCCCAGCGAGCCUGAAAUUUUUUCAGGCUUUCUUUUCGCAACUUCAUAAGCUGCUUCUUUAACUGCGAUGACCAUAAGUGCAUUUAUUUCAUGUUUUUGUGUUAGUGACAUUCCCUGGAUUUUGAUAGCCAUGAGGGGAAAAGGACUGCAACUUGAGGAGUCCGUCAAAAUUUAAUAAAAACUGGCCAUGCUUGGUUUGUUCCAUUUGUAUGGUGUCUUUCAUUCUGAUGGCGUUUCCAGUAUUAGCAAUAAAAAGUAGUUUGCGAAGCUUGUGUUUUUGUUUGUUGAGGACGCAAACGAGCAGCGAAGCCGGGAGCCAACUGAGAAUUUCAACUCAUCCUUGACCCCAAAAUGUGGAAAUCAUCAUGGCAUAGCCCCUUAGAGUAGCAUGUUUGUGGCAAACGAGGGAGAUGACCGUUUCCGAAAUUGUUUACGUUUGUCUUGACAUUUGCGGUUUUUCAAUGUUUAUGUCUGUGAGAACCUAAUAAAAACGUGUCAUUGUCCAAUCCGCGAUAGAGAAGAAACUGCUCGUUAUUUUUACCAUUUACUGUAAACUUGAUGCUAUAUCUCUCUUAUAACAAAAAAACUUACCUCAAGUUUAUUUUGCGCAGGUACUCUGCAAGUUUCAGUAAUGGAGUGGCAUUCGGCGUGUUUACAGCAUUUUCAAAUGUGUCAAGGUAUUUGUUAAGUAACUGCAGGUUUAAUUUAUUCAUGUCACAAUUGUUUAGUAAAACAGCACAUUAACCCUUGCGUUUCUAAAAGUAAUUUGUGAAAAAAUGAUGCGGUGCAUGCUUUGAAGUACCAAUAUCCACAUACAAAUUCUCCAAACUGAUAUUCAUACUUUUCCUUAGAGAUAAGUUGAGAGAGUUUAAUAAAAGAUCAAAGCAUUUUCUCCUUAGUCAUCAUACGAUUAAGUCUCGUAAGCAUUUCUGCAGACAUUGUAAGGAGAAAAUUGAUGUUGGUCACUAUUCUUGUAACUGUUUUGUGUUAUGUUUUUUAGUGACAUAACGACGCAAAGCAAGGCUGUGUUGUGUGAUAUUUUAGACGAUUCGGCACAGGUAACGAACCUCAUUUACAUGCCUCAAAAGAAGUUUUUAACCGUAGACGGAACCGGGUCAGUAAAUGAACUGUUUGUCAACUAUAUGUAUAGCUUGAUAACUUUCAAUUCAAAUUCUAAGCGUACAAGGUUACAGCAAGAAAAGUCCCUCAAACACCGGCUAACAUUUGCUAAAGUAUAUUUUUGAUAGGAUGGUACAGUCAUUGCUACUUUUGGUUCUUACAAAGUCAAGUUAUUUCUUCCCUCGUCUAUAGGAAAUAGUUUGGGACAAUCAUUAGCGCUCUUAAAGUUGUCCAUGUAGAAAGGAUUUUUUUUUCUGUGGUAGUGUGUGUAUAACAGAAUAUUUUGUGCCCGUCUUUGUUUCAGGACUUUGUUAGUUCGGAGAGUGCCUUCCAAUACAUGAUGAAGUUUCCACUCUUAAAGAUGCUACAUUACCGAGUUAUUGUAGGAAAACUGCUCAGUACAAUACAAAUGACCGAGGUUAGUAAGCUUUUCUUGCAGAAAAAUACUUCGAUGGUUCGAUCAUCGUUUAGAUCGGGGUACACAAGCAAGUCGAGUCACACUUUUGGACCGGAUUUUUGUAGCUUUUACAGUAAAUUCUGUCUUAACCGUCAUCUCUAUAAGUCGGACUACAACUACAAAUUAAAAACGGAAAUGUCCGUUGCGGUAAGGAGCAAGGAGAGAUGGCAGAUUCUCUGGCUAGGACAAAAUUGAAUGUAUUUUUAUCUUUCACAACUCUGGUUUACAGUUCAAUUUGUUUUUAUGAUACAUUUUUUCUGCCAGAUACGUCUUUUGUCGUAAGUGCUAAAAAAGUGCUCGAAAGUGGUAUUGCUUGUGCUUAUCUUUUUUUUUUUUGCAGAAAAACUCAGUGGACUGCGCUCGUUUGCAAGAAGAGGCCGAGCAAUGGGAACAGUUUAUCACUCGAGAUGAAAACAUACAAGCACAAGCUGCAGCUACUCAGAAGUUUUGGCAAGAAUGCCCUGCUAAAAUAUCAGUGAGUUGCCAAUGGCGUCAGUAGCUUUUGUCAUACACAAUUUUUAAUCAAAUAUCGAAAGUAGUUUCAUAGAGUCUUUGGUUUUGCUUUUCUACGUUAGUCCUAGUUGUAUGUCGUAGCAGGUGAUCCUUUCCUGAUAUAUCUAUUUAACUAGGAUUAUUCAUUUAUUGUGUAAUUUAUGUUUAUUUAUUUAUCUAAUUAAUAAUAAAAGUGCUGACCAAUUCACGUGUGUGCACAGGUAUCCCAGACUCACAACAGCCUACUGGAAGCCAAAUUAUGAUUUGUGUGGGAAUUUUCGUAAGAUCGAUAAAACGGUCAAAAUGUACAUAAACAGCUAUUAAAGUAUACAUACCUCAUAAGGAGUUGAGUUUGUGUUGUUUUCUUACGGUUUCCUCUUCUAUAAACGCCAUUUAGCAAGUUUUAAUGUUUUGGUUUCUCACCUGCUAUAAGGAAGACAGGGAAAAACACGUUCUACCCUGCCCGAGGAAAAACCUACAAAAAUUACCUUUCUUCCAUUCCAGUCGCUCCAAAUCUUCGCUUGAGCAUAGAGUGAAGAUUAUCCCAAUCUCAAUUUUGUUCCAAACAUCAUCGAUAUAGCAAUGCGCCUCAAGAGACGAGGAAUGGAAGCACAAUGGAAUCCGCGCCUGUGGAACCGCUGUGCUGUUCUCCGCGCAGCAGUUUCGUAGUGUAGCUACCGAUGGCCGUUGCCUGGCUUUGCAGGCCACGCUGGCGUCAAAAACCUCGGUGGAUACAGACAGGAAAAUCAACCCACAAAACUAGACUGCAGGCAUCAGGAACGCCACUAUUUGAAAGAAGCGGCGGGAGUACAGGUUCCCCGUCGAGGAUUUGAUGUAAUAUGUGUCUGUGAGUAUGCAUACCUACGUUUAUUAUUUGCCAAACUGUUAUCGAUCUUACAGACAAAUUUCGGCCAAGUCCUUUGAGACUUGGCCCAGCAGGCUGUUGUAGAGUCUGGGACCCCAGCGGAGAAAAACUGUUGUGAAUUGGAAAUCCAGAUGGUUAAUAUUUACGUUCUUCGUCAUUAUUGAAACUUUGCGGAACCUUUUUGCAGCCAAUCAAAAUUAAAACCAAAACCAAUGGUGACCUGGCACGUUUCCCGAGUCGGCGCCGGCUAAGGCGCCUGUUUUGUUGCGCGUGUUGUGAUUGGCUAGAGAAAUAAUGUUUGGCUUUGUGGUUUUCCCGCGCUUUUCGCGCCUACCACUUGCUUCAAGACAUGACUGGUUCAUUUGAUAGUCAGCUCUUGUUGUGAUUGGUCAAUUUAUUUUUCAGAUUUGGUGUCUGGUUUAACGUUACUCGAUGAAACAGUUUUCUCUCUACAAAACUUGACUAAUUGUGCUUCAUUCGAUACUUGUAACGUUCCUUCAUAAACAGUUAAUCUUUGUGUUAUUUUCGUCAAGAAUAAAAGCAAGUUUUUGAAUGUUUAUUGUAGGAAACAUUUAAGGACUGUCGAAGGAGAUUGUUGAGAAGCAGUAAUAUACACAGCCUAUAUCCAUCAAAAGGAACAAGAUUCUCAUCUCCUCUUUAUGUCUUGUUUGAUGACUUCUUCGUCCACUUUCAGGUAUCACUCACUGAUUCAUUUGCACAGUCAAUGACAAUAAAAAUACCAAAACUUACGUCCUUAAUUUUGUACUUUUAACUCUUCGUGCGUACCGAAAUUGUAUUCGAUCUUCUCAAAGUAGAAUUAUAUAUGUCUCUACAAAAUAUUUCUCAUUAAUUACCUUUGUAAGCGCAGGGAUAAGAACGUAUGCUGAAUACCCAUUCCUCUCAUCCAAGGCGCCUAAGUUAAACGGAUACAUGAAAUCAGCAUUUACGUUCCGUUUAAAUUUAUUUGUGGAUAGAGACGUGAUGGAAAACAAAGUUGCACACUGGCCGAAAUAAUUGUUUUGCUCUUUCCAGCUACGUCGCUGAAAUAUCGUGGACAAAUUCACCCACGUUUUGCUAUAUUAUUGGAAUAAUGUCUUAAAUACAUGUAGUUUACGUGAAAUCAUGAAAGCUUUUCUGCCACCACCACUGCCACCAGUUGGCUGUACCAUCAUACCAAAACUGGUCAUUGACCUGCCUGUCUCUAGUCUGCUACCUCGCUUUAGCCACGGUGUGGGCUGAAGGCAUCGACGUGAAGUGGCGAAUCACGUAUACUAAUCAUUGCCGCCAAAAUUCAACCUCCCCGCUACGACCCUGUUGGUUAUCCUUACAUUUGAACCAACUGAGUCAAGAGACGACAUGUAAGCAAAUCAAUGAUGUGUGGAGGAGGCAGAGAUGGCACAAUCACCCCAACACACUUCCGAAUAUAGGACUAGGGUGCGUUCCUCGAUGAUCCAAGAUAGGAAUCGAUACUCGAUUGAUCAAAUGAUGAAUUUUUGCACAGAGUGACGAUCAUUGAUUCAUCAUGAUCCGAGUGCCAAAAAGGAGCGCGGCACCCUGGGCUUAAGACGAAGGCGCGAGUUCAUGGUGAAGUCACAGAAAGAAAGAAGAAAACGCAAAACGAAGUUUUCAAACGCCCAUUGAGGUCAGGAAAGUAACGUACCCGCGAACUUGUUAGUUUUGACAUAUCGUAUGAAUGGCAUCAAAAUUUUCAAUGCCGGAAGAGAUCUUGCUUGUCUGUGCCCUCAAUCAUACAACGCAGAACUGUAAAAUGAAGUAUCAGCGACGAAUUAAGAUCCUGUUUGAACGUGAUUUGUUUGUGGUUUGUUUUAUUGCCAUAUUUUGUCCUUUCUACUCUGCAGAAAAGCGGCAAGGUUCAUUAUCAUUAUUCAGCAGUACCUGAGAGCCGCUUUAGACGAGUUAACAUUCAGAAAUGGCUUUCAUUAUUAGGAAGACUGGACCGCCAUUGGCAUCACACAGUCAGGCGUAGUUCUAACCUUUCAAAGGGAGCGAAGAUGCGUGGUGCAAAAUUUGUCCGACGUAACUCCCGCGUUCCCAAGACCAAAUCUACCAGCGUUGUAUCCGAGCUGACCAAGCCAAAGGUGGUUUACUUGAAUUGACCCAGAAGCUGUUUUAAUGUUGUGAUUCUUGUUUUCACAGGCUGAUUGGUUAAUGACCAUCAAUCAGGCAGUUGCGAAUGUCAUCUCCAAAACAACAACUUACAGGUACUGAGUCGAAACUCUGCUAAUAAUAAUAAUAAUAAGGUCAGUUGUCUACUCAAAGACACCAUCUCAAUAAUAAGUUUCGCUCCUGCGAAACGUCUGUAAAGGGGAGGAACGAGAGUAAAGGGCUGCUGGGUGAAUGUAUACAUGUAAUGGUUAAUUGUAGGACAAUGACCUUCCAACAAUCUGGUUAUUGCCGUGGCAAGGGUUGAAUGAAACAGAAUUCAUUCAUCAUCUAUCUAUCUAUCUGGUUCAAUUGUCUGUCUGUCGUCUGGUUCGUUCGUUCGUCUGGUUCGUCUGUCUGUUCGUUCGGGGUUCGUUCGUCUGUUCGUUCGUUCGUUCGUUCGUUCGUUCGUUCGAAGAGCAUCAAUGUAAAUACCUCUAUCUUUGGUUAUCAAAGACGCUUGAGCAGAAGUACACCCAAACUGAAAGUUGGCCUUGCAGCAGGGAGGCGGCCCUCCCACAUUUGGAAUGAAGGCCUUGUGGAGACAUCUACCAAGAAGGUGUGGCUCUGGACAGCCUCAGACAGUAAGUAUCGUACACAUUAUCUCAAGGUGUUAACUCAAAGGCCAAAUUUCAAUAUUGUUAAGAGAAAUCAGGGUAGCUUUUAUGUAAAUGGUUUACGAAUCGGUGUAGUGAUCUCACCAGCCAGACUGGCUAAACGCAUUUGAGUAACAAUGCGAAGGAAGACGUUUCAAUAUGAGUGUGUCCAGUUUCGGACGGCGAAAAGUUAAAUCCAUGCACAAAACAAACAGAACUUAGGCCCUCGCUAGCUUAAUCACGCAGUUAUUGGAAAGAAAAGCAUAGCUUUGUCUUCCUGUUUUUUUUUUUAAAUUACGUAUUUUAAAAAUAUAAUUCAACUCUGUUGCUUUCCAGAGAAAUACUUUCUUGUGAAUUUAAGCGCAAAAUAAAUUAUCAUUUAGUUUGUCCUGAUUUUAGGCGGAAGUAAAGUACCAUCGUGGUCUGGCGUGAUCAUUAUUAUAUCACAUGAAUUUAAAUUUGCCUGCAAUAUUGGGUGUAGUUCACCCAGUAGUAUAUAAGUCCCGUUAUUAAGACCACUGGUUAGUUCAUAGGAGCACCAAAGGAGGAUGGUAAAGAAGCCUUCUGGGAACGUGAAUUUACGUGGACUUGAUUCGCUAAGACUUUAAAAACCCAGUUAGAAGUACAGUGAUGCGUCAUCGCCCGGUUAAUGUUCGCCACCGCGCACCGCCGCCCAAUACCAUGACAACAUUACAAUGUCUUUCGUUUUUCUUAUAGUAAAAGGAAUCUUGAUUGACCGUUCAACCUGCAGCACGCUGGAGAAGUAUCGCGGCCACUGAUGCGUGAUGUCCGUUACGGUGAGGCAAUUCUCACCGCUAACGCAUUAUUGUUCGCAAGUGUUGUCGCUCCAGAAGGCCACAAUAAGCUGCUGCGGCUGUUUUCGACGCUAAAACGUUUUGGACACCAAAACGCGUUGUUCAAGCAAUCAGGGCCUACAAAGAGAGCGCCAUUCAUUGAUAAAUCCGUUAUCUUUAUGGUAGACUUCGACCAACAGCGAUUCAAAUACGCUUCACCUGUGGCUAUUACAGACCUCUGCUGCUUUAACAUCAGCACAAUCCCGGCGAACAGCUGUGUUCGCGAGAUUAUUUGUUUUUCCCAUGUGUAUCCGAAGCUGGUUAAAGAACAAAUUAUUCAGUGAUAGCGCUAUCCAACGCUUGAAACGUUUUCAGUCGAUAUAGUAGCCAGGCCUCGCGACCGCACAUCACGUUUUGCUAGAGUAUGGAGCAAUUCCUGUGUUUCGGUGCGGUAAGAGUAUUGCGCCAUAAGCGUGACUCACCGGUGCUCAUAUUGUAGGUUUUGCACGGCAGUGACGUGGUAAAGUGACUCUCAUGUGAGACCAUGCUGGGGUCAUGGAUGGUGCGCUGUCCUCCACUGGAGCAAUGUAUAGGUUAUUGAAAGAAUAUCCAAUGACAAGAGAUCAGAUAUGAGUUAAUGACAUCCUCGUGUCGGCUUAACCACGUAUCAUCACUUACGCCAAUUUACCCAUUAGCCUUCCUUGUAUACUUCCGUGUUUCCUCGGAUUCAACCCUGUUUUAAAUUACCAGUCAGAUGUGUUCUCUGCAAAGCCCUCCAAUUUCAAUCUAGGUUUCCAACGUGCCAUUUGGGAUUCAUCUCAUUUAAUAUACCCAUCAAUUCCCCACCCCACCCCACCCUGAUUCAAGGAAGUCCUGCGUUGCUGGCUUCAAUCGCGUACCUGCACACUUGUGAAUCAGCGUCGCAGCAAAAAGAACCUCGUUCAACUUUUUUUACGUUACGCGUGAUCUUCAUAUUGCCUUGCCUCAUUGGGGACGCACGGAAAUUAUCAUUACGUGUGAUAGUGGGAAAUCAAACUCCCAGCCAGAUUCCCACCUAAUUUAAGUGUCCCGCUUGAAAAGUUAGUUAUACAGCAACAAUAAUAGAUGGACCAUUGGCCAUAGGACUGUUGACCACGAACGAUUUUAGUAUACUUGCUCAUAAUGUUGCUACUUGCAUUUGAUAAAAAGUUCCAAUUUAUCAUCUGCAGUCCUGCAUGCGAUUUUGUGAGCAAUUGCAUGUGAUUUUUAGAUUCUCGUUUCUGAAUGGUUGUCUUAAAGAUUUCCUACUUUUUUUCAGGGUGAGUACAUGGUGUGUGGAGCCGCCGAUUCCUGCCAUGGUCCUGGCUUGUUAAUUUGAUGGUAUUUAUAAUCACAACUUCAAACAACCAUGGUAUACUUUUUGGUACUCCAAGUACAGUAGAUGUAUAAUUAACUGUUGUUUUAAUGAUCGGUGUCUGGAAUACAACAAAUUGAGAGGAUACUUUAGCCGCACGUGUGUGGUUCAGUUCCAUAUCAGAAAUCGUAUUUGGUGUCGGAUAUGACCGGAUUCUACUCUCGUGUAUUAGAAAUAAUUGGUACAUUAACCUCGGAAGGUUAAACAACAUGUUAAGGCAAACGCUUACUUUUUCUGAAUUCAUGUUCAAUUUUAAAAAAUGAGGUAUUAUUCUUAAUUUGCAAGCUAACAAGGUAGUUUUUGCAUUUCUUAUCAUAGCAGUAUGCAGGAUCGUGUCACAUUAUAUUAAGUGUACAGUAAUUAGUCUUCUCAGAGUAUAUCCAAGGCGGGUAACUGGCGUUCUUUUGUUCAUUAAACAGGGUAAUGGCAUUCUGCUUUGCGACGAUAACACCAAGUAUGAAGGAGAAUUUGUUGGAGAGUGUCUGUUGUCUGGCAAGGUAGUAAUUUAUGAUUUCAUGGUCGAGUGUUUACACUCGUUUGUAAAAAAUUAAUAUUUUUAUUCCCUUGUAUUAAAUCCUCCUCCUCCUCCUCCUUAGAACAUCACCACCAUCAAUUUUAAUCGUCAACAGCGUCAUCAUUAUCAACAUCGUCGUCGUCGCCAUCAUCCUCCUCCUCCUCCUUGUCGUUAAAACAUUAUCACCAUCAUUUUCAUCGCCAAUCGUCAACAGUGUCAUUAUCAUCAUCAUUAUCAUCAUCAUCAUCAUCAUCUCAUUAUUGCUAUUGUAAACAACCAUCUUCUGUUUUUCCCGGCCAAAAGUCAUUUAUGGCUUGCUAUGAAGUCUUUCAUUUUAUGUUCAAAGUACCACCACAGUCUGAGUGUAAUGCGACAAAUUCGUAAACUGGUAGGCUAGUUUUGAGACUGAAAAUAGCACCAGUAGUUCAUAGAAAGAGAAGGAAGAAGAAGGCCUUCAUGUUGGCUUGAACUAAACUCCUAGUAAAGAUGUAGCACGCUUUUGAUCUCUUGGUUUGGUUUGUUUUCAGGGUACUCUAACCAUGCCGAAUGGUGACUUCGUAGAAGGUACAUUUACUGGUCAGUGGGGCGAGGGGAUUCGUAUAAACGGUACAUUUCAUAAACUGGAAACAACAGGCACAACCAACAAAUCAUUAAGGUACAAUGCACCGUUACUUAACAUGACUUAAGCUAAGAUCAGUGACAAUUCCAAAGACAGCAGACGCUUUUACCAUAUAUAAGAGUGAAAAGGUACAGUCGAAAUGUGUCUGUUUAACUUCCAACGUCCAUAUACACCAAUAUGAACUUUCAAUUCGCACGUUCUUUACGCUGAAUGUGGAAGUCGGUUUAUGGUUACGCCGGCAUACUUGGCUUGGAUAUAUUACUAUUAUCAGAUAUCCAAGGUUGACCACGUGUUCACACAAGGUGAUUAAAGUCCCCAACAUUGGACAAAGACUACUUCUGCAUUGUUAGUACAGUCAUCUCUCUCUUAACGGACACCUAGAGUUAGUCCUUGCAUUCCUUUACUCCUUUUAGUCUAUCUCAAUAACCCGGACAUCUGUCUGGGGGCGCUUUCCAUUUGUCACAACUGGCCGGCCGCAUUAUUGUCCGACCAGUCAGUUAAUGAGUUUGAAAAUGACAUAGGCUUUUCCAAGAGUUUUUGCUGAAAAACCAUCUCCUUCGUGCAUGCUAUUAUUUUAGGAUUUGACUGGAGAUCAGAGGUUUUCGACAGGAAUGGUCUGGCUGGUCAGUUCUGGACACAUUGUGCUGAUCCCAAAGGUGUCCGUCGCAGAGGGAGUUGGGGAGGGUAGGGAAAAGUACCCCCCACCCCCGCGCCUACUCUUUGCUCAUGCUACCUCAGGUCAUGCUCGUAACGUUUUUGUUAUAAAAAGUGCAUGCGACGCACUGUUGUAGUACAAUUCUGACUUUUCUCUUUAAUCAUAGAACCGUCGCGGCGGACAGCAAGUAUGUGAUUCCACCCGAGAAGAAAUGGGUGUCUCUGUUUUCAGAGUGUCGUCAGUCCCUCGGAUGUCACGGUGAUCGUGACGCAGAACAUUGGAUUGUGUGGAAAUGUGUAUCGAUUGCUUUGACAACUGGGCGUGACUCUAAAGUGUCACGCAAUGAUUUCGAAAUAACGCAAGAGCUGAUUAAGAUCAAUGAUGACAUGGAGCAAACUGCUAAAGUCUGUGAUGACCUGCAAACCGUUCAAGCUUAUCUCUCGAAGGUUAGUGAGGUGGCUUUACUAUUAAAAACUCUUUUACAUCAGAAAUGUCUCAUUACUCGAUGGAUUCGGUACUUCUUCUUAAUUUUAAGAAAAUUAGGCUAAGCUCUCUGUCUUGCGUCAUGAAAAUACUGUAACAUUGUAGCAAUGGAACCUGUGCUUCCGUAACGGGUAUAGUCAACUCUCACCUUGCGGACACCAGCGAAAUCCCGGGCAAUAAUAAACUAGUAAUUAUUGCAAAUUAGGGGAGUGCGUUCGAUGGGAAGGGGAGGGUGGUGGGUAGUGAGUGGUAGUGGGAAGAAGGUGAAAAACCUGACGGGCUUGUAAUAUCGAGAAAUCAAAAUCAAACAAUUUUAUCAAUAUGAAUAUCAGCAGCUGUCUUUGUCAGUGUUAUUGUUUGUCCUCCAACUUUACAAUUCGUUACUAUUUCAUUUUUCUGACUGAAAUAAACUCUCGCUAUUACGGACUCUCGUUAGUGAAGACACUAACUCGAGGUCCCUACAGUGUCCGACUGUUUUUUGGCGGAAUAGGGGCGUAUGUAACUGUUAACCUAAGACUUAAGGCUUAUGAUCAAGGGUUUAAUAAGGAAAUACGAAAUUGUUAUUUCAUUCCAAUACCAGUUCAACUUUUGAUAAAUAGGGGGAGAGGGAAUGCUAUAAUGAAAUGACGUUGUAAACUAGCAAAUAACUUGUCACAUCUUUUCCAGGCAUUUGAUUUGAAACGUCAUCCUCUAGGACGGCUUGUAAACAGAUUGGUUGAUGUAUUUCGAGCCAGUUAUGUUGGAAUGGGGACACACAGAAGACUGUUACCUCAUGCAGUGGCAGAAACCAAGUCCUUUGUUAUCAGAGUUUACGGCAUUGUGCGGUAUGAUUUAGUCCGUAUUUUUGCUUAUUCAAGUACGCGCGAGCAGUCAAACAAAAGGUCUGGAACGAGGCUAAAAACAGAGAGCGAUACUGAGGAGAGACGCUAAAAAUUUUUUUCUCUCGCCUUACACGUCCUACGGGCGCACUGAUUUUGAGAAAUAAAAACCGACUGUUUUGCAGUCUAGGUAUGAUUUAUCCUGAGAAAACAGCCGACAUUUCGCCACGCCGCCAUUGGUUUCCCCGCGAAAUGACGUCUGAGCAAGCGAGCGCAAACCCCAUACUUAUGACACGUCACUAUCCAGAUGUGGGUAGUGCUUUUGAUUGGUUGAAGCAAAUUUCCCUGGCGGCCCGACAAAUCAGAAGCACUAUCCAUAUUUGGGUAGCGACACGUCAUCAGUAUAGAGUUUGCGCUCGUUGCUUCGACGCCAUUUAGCGAGGAAACCGAGAGGUGUUUUUUUGGAAAAGAUAAUGACCUGAAACUUUACGUUCCCUAUUUUAGCUUAUAAUAAACCUCUUUGUUUUAACUUCAGACAAAAAGAAAAAAAUCGUUAGUGACUCACUAGAUGUUAGGACUCUGGAUUCUCUAUCGUUGCAAAACAAUGUACAAUAUUGUUACUAUACUAGAGUCUUACAGCUGGCGUAAAUGUUGGUCCAACGUUUUAAGAUGUCAUUGCCACCUUUACUGUUGGUAUUGUUGUUGGCACAUUUGAUUCUUGCACUUUCUUUGAUUAUUUUUUCAGUCUCUUUUUCCCGGAACUUCCCAAUGAAGAGUACGUUCAUCUGGCCACAGACACAGUAACAGGAAUAGCCAAUCACAGCACAGAAGAGAGCUUGACGAGCAGCAUGCUACUGCACCCAUUACUCUUCCCCAGGCUCUACCCGCCUCUGUUUACUCUGUAUGCCCUGGACAACGAACGAGCAGACAGCGCGUACUGGGAACAAAUACAGCUGUUAAACAAGCGAUCGGACUGGGCACUAAUGACGUAUGUUGGUAUGAAAAGGUAGGAUAGCGUAUUCAAAUUGUUGUACUGUUGAAUUUCGCCCAUGUCAUAUGACAUAGUAAGGUUUAUUUCCCGCCAAAAGUCUGAGUUAGUAGCAUCGCAAAAUCUAUGACGUCGGAGAGUCGAGUUUGAACUCUGAUGUCUUUUGAUAUAGAUUGGUUUUUUUACAUGACGUCACAGCGGCCAUGUUUGUGUGUAAAAAAUUCCUUUGGGAAUUGAACUCCUUUCUUAUGUAAAAACUUUCUUUUGUUCUGAUAAAUUUAAGUAGCUUAGGACCAGUCUCGUCACUGAUCCCUUGAAAACAACAAUAUAUUUUGACGCCCGAAAAGAAAGGCUCAUAAACUAUAAUUGGUCUUCCCUAGGCAUUUCUGGCUGACAAGAGAAGAAGACAUUGGAAGUCGGUUGGAAGAGGUACAAUUGUAUAAAAUGCUUGAUUCCUGAGCUCUGCUUUUACGUCACAUCCAGCCGAUGUGGAACUUACCAUGUCAUGUUGUUUCGAUUAAUUGUAGGUGAAAUUGGAAAACAGAGAACCUGAGCAUUAUAUCAGUGCUGUGGAAUCUUUGCAACAAAUAAGGUAUUUGGCAUAGGAGAUAGUUACAUAACUGCUCUAGUUUGUUGUUAGGGUUAGACAUUCAGUGCCUAUUACUACAGAUACUGAUAACUUCUCUUUUUAUUUCACAGCACAAAGUUCAGCCCCAUGGAAAAACUCGCAGUUCUUAAGACUACCUUUGAAAAAAUAAAUGAAGUAAGUCGUUUUGAACAAACUAGAGUUUUUUUCCUCCAAACAUGUCUAACCGAUUAUUUUUCCAAACUGUAAUUUUGUUUGCCUUGCCUCUUCUUUCAGGAAGUGACGUCAUUUUGGCAAGGCGAGAAGAAGCUCGUCUCUCUUGAUGAUUUAUUUCCGGUUUUUCAGUUUGUGGUUAUCAGAGCAAGGUAUAAGGAAAAAAGUUUAACCCUAACAAUAUCCAUACAAUGCCAAGAGAUUAGGUUAUGAGAAUUAACAAAAUGAUCACCUAAGAGACAACGCUUUCAUCUUUUAUCAAAUUCUCUCAACCUAUCCAUUAAGGAAAUAUAUAGAGAUCAGUUUGGAGAAUUUGUAUGUGGAUAUUGGGGCUUAAAGGGUUAAACAGUAUUGUUUUUACUGGUCAUGUGAUUAAUCAAAAUUUUGGCCCACUUGAUACUAAAAACGUCUAAUCUCUUUGUUUGCUUAGCUCUGCUUAGCCCUUAUGCGGCGUCUCCCCAAGCCUUCUCGGUCAAUGCAUAUCGGUGACGAUCCGUUACAAACGGCCACAAAUUCGAAAUGGCCGCGCGCAAUAAUGUUUCCUAGAGACUAGGCAAUUUGUUUGAGGUGAAUGUAGUCAUUUACACUUCAAAGAAAAUUAAAAACUUAAGCGAUAACAAACAUCAUACCUAAAAAGUGCUUGAUGAAGACGUACGAAGUAGCACAAUCGAUCACGCUCUUUCACCUUUUGUUCAGCCUCUUUCGCUUUCCAGAACGUUUUGCCUCUCUACAAGCUAGCCAUCUUUUCAUAACUGAUACUGCUCAAUAUUCCGGUGGCUUACGAAGCUCUGCACCUGGUACAUCACUCAUGUAACUUCAUUUCUUCCUGCGCGUUCACGCCUUCAUUCGAAUUUGCCGCCAUGUUGAAAAUGCGUACCCCAAAACAGUCCCACAAUGCACUUUGGCAAAAAUUUCGACCCGGAUUUCCGCUCAACCUCAAAGUGGCGAAUUCAUGUCUUGUAACCCCUCCGAGAUAACUACCCCUACCGCUUGACCAAACUAGAAUAAAUCACCCCUCUCAAUUUCAAGAAACGUUCUUUCUCGUACCAUGUUUGACCAAGACAAUAAUCGAUAUGCAAGUUUUGAUUAAUAAAAAAAUUGGAUCAAUUUAGGUUUCUUGGAAAGUGCACACCUAUCCCUCCCCUAAGCCAUUAUUUUGCCCUAAGUGAGAAGUAAGUGUUAAUGUUAGCGUAGGGAAGGGAUAGGUGGGCAGUUUCCCAGAAAAUUAAAUUGAUCCAAAAAAUUCAUAGUUGGCUCCCAAGACUGAGGAGCUAGUCGCCCCAUGUAGUGUAAUUUAAGACGGUCUUGGAGUCGAGAUUCCACACCGGGCAUUCCGGAUUCCAGAUUCCAGGGACUAGAUUCCGGAUUCCAGUCGUUAGCAAAAUUGUUGAUUCCUUGAGCUGGAUUGCGGAUUGCAAGCAAAGAUUUCCCGCAUUCUGGAAUUGGACUGAGUAACCUUACGAUGGGCAAGGAGGAUAAAAAGGGAAAUACCAUUGAGUUUCGGUCCCCAGAACCAAGUUUAUAUUUGUAUCAAUUGGAAAGUGGCUUUUAUGGCGAACCUGACGAAAAAAAGCAAUUACUAAUCCCCUUUUUCUCUCUUUUGGCCGAAGUUAAGAUGAACUUAAGAACGCUUAUUCCAGAGUCACAUACAGAUGAUUAUUUGUUUGUCCUACAGGAUUCCUCACCUGGGAUCAGAGAUUCACUUUAUUGAUGACAUGGUUGACAGUCACGUGCAAAUUGGAGAGCAGGGUCACAUGUUUACAACCCUCAAGGUAAAUAUCAACGUCUAAUCAUAGAGCGUUUUCACAUGACGUCACGUCGGCCCACCCUAUUGGUGUCAUGAAACAAUGAAACGGCGGCCAUGUUGGUGUCCAAUCUCAUGGGAGUUGUACCUUGUUCUUUUGUAAAAAAUUAUUUGCUACUGGUCACCACUCGCGACGCCAUCAGCUAUGCAAGUUUAUUGCUACCAAAGAAAGCGAUUACAUAGUAAGAGUUUAACUCCCACAGGACUUCUUUAAGACACCAAAAUGGCCGCCCUUUACAACAUGGCGGACGUGAAGCCAUGUGGAAAAGCUCUAUACCCUGGGUAAAAGUUAUCCUUCUCUCAAGAAACCGGGUCAGGUGACAUAUGUCAGCCUGGAAACUAACGCAUACAACGCGACUUCCAAGUGACUGCUCAUACUCCAAGGAUUUAAGGUCAAGCGACCUUUUGCCUUUAAACCACUUAUACAUGGCCUUAUUUGAUGUUUUUCUUUUUUUUUCGUCAACAGGCUUCAUUUUUCCAGAUUCAAAAUGAAAAAGGCUGAGUUAGCAGCUGUCCAAAGGAACCGUCCUGUCGCUGAUGGCUGAUAUUUAUUACGCUGAGCAUGCGCAGAGUAUACGUCUCACAUUAACACCGAACGCUGGCUAUGCAUUGUGCCUUACACUUCCGAACAAGUAAUCGCGCCUUAGUGUGUGCCUUUGCAAGCUUUACGAUAUCUUUAUUUAGUAUCCCGCCAAAUGCGGCGCUGGAGACAUUUAGGGGCUGUUUACAUAGAGGUGGGGGACCUCAGAUAGGUGAGGUAACAUGUGGCGGGUCACCCCACCUAUCUUGUAUUGGUGAUCAAAUUAAAAUGAGAGAUUAUAUGGACAGGCGGGUUACCUCACCUACCUAGGGUCCUCCACCUCUACGCAAACAGGCCCUUAGAUUCGAGGUCGAGAUUUCAGUUGUGACCUCGUAAGCCCAAAUCAAAUCGACAUUUAAAUGGGGAUAUAUGGUUUCAAAUCCAGGAAAAAGUAUUGGUAGUUUUAUCCGGGUGUGGAGACUCCCCCUUCCUCCCUCCCUAAAGUAAGUUAUGGAAAUACCCGCCGGAAUUUCUCAUACACGCGGUAUGAAACACAAUCCUCUUCCGCUUUUCCUGAAAGGAAGUAUCUUUUUGUUUACUCAAUCCCUUCCAUUUCGUCGCUACGCUUUAUAAGCCAUUUUCACGAUGACGACAUUUGACUACAACUACCAGAAUUCAAUUCGCUUUUGCUUUUUUAGUUAAAUUUGUCAAUCUCGCUAAGGAUUAAAGAACAAUAGCCUUAAUUUGCACAAGAAAACAACAAAUUUUGGUAGUUGUAGUAAAAUGACGUCAUCGUGCAAUUGUUCUAUUCCCUUUCCUCGCUGACAAUUUUUCGUACAAACAGAUUUUUAAAAACAAAUAUUUAUUCGCAAUGCCGUUCAUUUUUCACCGCUUUUACUUACAUUUUGUGUACCUUACUUAGUGAAAUUAUUUGAAAAUUACUUAUAAAUACUUCGACUUUAUUAUCGUCAUGCAUGUUUCUUAAAUGGCCUUGUUCAGUAAACUUCUCUUCACUAGUAUUUAUGUAGAGCUGAACUGUAUUCAUUUCCAUUCAAGGAGUUUCAAAGAUGUGAGUGAUGUGAAACCUCUAUACGUAAUCCCUAAAAUCAGCAUGUAGAUUCCCAACACCUUUCUCCAGUUAUAUCUUACGGCACUGACUAGGAGAAUUUGUCUGUCAAUCAAGACUCUUGUUAUCACGUUUCCCUUGUUCUCAUGACUUGCUUUAUGGGCGUCCUCGGUGUAAAAACCUGUGAAGUUUUUCUUUGUUUUCUUGCUAUUAGUUUCCUUGGAUCUAUUGUGUUGACCUCUCAGUGGCUUCUCUGUAUUCAUUGAUUUACGUCACUUAUGAAUUUCAUAGUUUUUUACACCGAGGGUGAACCUGCUUUAUGUAAAAAUGUUGGUAGAAGCAGAUGCUUAUCUCUGCUCGGGUGUACAAAGGGUUAAAACAAAAUUUGCGCCAG